AUGAAGUCCGAUUUUAGGUUCUCUAAUCUCCUCGGAACAGUUUACAGACAGGGUAAUCUUGUUUUCACCGACGAUGGAACAAAGCUCUUGUCCCCAGUAGGAAAUAGAAUGUCUUGUUUUGAUCUCAUUCAUAAUAGAUCCUUCACUUUCAACUACGAGCACCGUAAAAACAUAGCGAGAAUCGCCUUAAACAAGCAAGGAACUCUUUUAUUAUCGGUGGAUGAAGAUGGCCGUGCCAUUCUAGUCAAUUUUAUCCUGAGGACGGUAUUGCAUCACUUCAACUUCAAGGAAAGAGUGCUUGAUUUGCAGUUCAGCCCAGAUGGUCAUUACUUCGCCAUUGCUUGUAAUAGAUUUAUUCAAGUAUGGAAAACGCCUGAUUUUACCGAAGACAGACAGUUUGCUCCAUUUGUCCGCCAUCGUAUCUAUGCUGGCCAUUACAGUGAUGUCACUUCUGUUACUUGGUCCAGCGACUCUCGUUUUUUCAUCAGUACUUCAAAGGAUAUGACUUCCAGAAUUUUUUCGCUACAGUCUCUGGAAAACGAUGUGGCAAUGACAUUGGCCGGUCACAGAGACUACGUAGUAAAGGCAUUCUUCAACAAGAGUCAGGAAAUCAUAUAUACAAUAAGUAAGGAUGGUGCUUUGUUCACUUGGGAAUACACAGAAAAACCGGGUGACGACGGAAGUGAGGAAGAUAGUGAAGAUGAAGAACAAGAGGACACACAGACAAACAAUAAGCCAAUGAGCUGGAGAAUUACGGCUAAGAACUUCUUUCAUUCUGACGCCAAAGUCAAAUGUGCAACCUUCCACGCUGACUCUAACUUGUUAGUGGUUGGUUUCUACAACGGAGAGUUUAGAUUAUACGAAUUGCCUGAUUUUAAUCUUGUACAGCAAUUGAGCAUGGGUCAGAAUGCCGUUGAUACAGUCAAUAUCAACAAGAGUGGUGAAUGGCUUUCAUUUGGUUCGGCUAAAUUGGGUCAAUUGUUAGUAUAUGAAUGGCAAUCCGAAUCCUACAUUUUGAAGCAACAGGGCCAUUUUGAUUCAAUGAAUGCACUUUGCUAUUCUCCUGAUGGAUCCAGAGUCGUGACCGCUUCAGAUGAUGGUAAGAUUAAGAUUUGGGAUGUGAUAUCUGGUUUCUGUCUUAUGACAUUUACAGAACACACAUCAUCAGUCACCGAUGUCAAGUUUGCAAAGAAGGGACAAGUUUUAUUCUCUUCGUCUUUGGAUGGUACCGUUAGAGCUUGGGACUUGAUCAGAUUCAGAAAUUUCAGAACCUUCACCGCCACGGAACGUAUUCAAUUCAACUCUUUGGCUGUUGAUCCUAGCGGUGAAGUGGUCGUAGCUGGAUCUCAAGACACUUUUGAAAUCUAUGUUUGGUCUGUUCAAACCGCUCAAUUGCUUGAAUCUUUGACUGGCCAUGAGGGUCCAAUUUCUUGUUUGACUUUCGGUCAAGAAAACUCGGUUUUGGCAUCAGCUUCCUGGGAUAAGACUAUUCGUAUUUGGAACAUUUUUGGUCGUAGUCAGCAAGUUGAACCAAUUGAAAUUGAGAGCGAUGUUCUUUGUUUGGCAAUGAGACCAGAUUGCAAAGAAUUGUCUGUUUCCACUUUGGACGGUCACAUUGCUGUUUACGAUGUAGAAGAUGCGAACCAGUUGCAUUUAAUAGAUGGGAAGAGAGAUAUCAUUGGUGGUAGAUAUUUGGAAGAUAGAUUCACUGCCAAGAAUGCUGCUCGAUCUAAAUAUUUCACAACUAUCAACUAUUCCUUUGAUGGAUUGACCUUGGUUGCUGGUGGUAAUAACAACUCAAUUUGCAUGUACGAUGUCAGUAAUGAGGUGUUGUUGAAGAGAUUUACCGUUUCGCAGAACAUGACUCUUAAUGGUACUCAGCAAGUCUUGAACAGUAGCAAAAUUACAGAUGGUGGAAUAUCCCUCGACUUAAUUGAUAGGGCCGGUGAAAACUCCGAUGUUGAAGAUAGAUUGGAUAAUUCUUUGCCAGGGUCUCAUCGAGGAGACCCAAGUGUCAGAUCAUACCGUUCCGAAAUUCGCGUGAACGCCAUUCAGUUUUCACCGACUUCUUCUGCUUUCGCAGCUGCAUCUACUGAAGGAUUGCUAAUCUAUUCUAUUGAUAGCACGGUGAUUUUUGAUCCAUUCGAUUUAGAUGUGGACAUUACACCAGAGGCUACACUAGAGACUUUGGCUGAUCAGGAUUUCCUCACGUCUCUUGUUAUGGCCUUCAGAUUGAACGAAGAGUACUUGAUACAGAAAGUUUAUGAAGCUAUCCCAUUACAAGAUAUCAAGUUGGUUUCUAGCGAUUUGCCAAUUGUCUAUGUUAAUAGAAUGCUUGCUUUCAUUGGAAACACAUUAAUAAAAUACGAGAAUCAGCACUUUGAGUACAAUUUACUUUGGAUCAGGCUGAUCUUGUCUGCUCACGGAAAAUAUAUAAAUGCACACAAGCACGAAUUUGUUAGCAGCUUGAAGUUGAUUCAAAGAUUCUUGGCUAAGGUUGGUAAGGAAGUGGUAGCAGUUGGAAAAAAGAAUGGCUACUUUUUGGAAUAUUUACAAGUUUCGAAGGACUUGAACAAUCAAGUACAAGAGGAGGAGGGCGAAAGAAUAGAUGAAGACGAAGAAAAUGAACUGGAUAAUGAAGCCAUAAUUGAAGAUGAAGACAAUGAAGAAGAAUCUGAAUGGUUUGGCCCUGGUGGAGAAAAAUCUACUAAGAGAAUUGAGUAUGGUUCUGAACUGGGCGAUAGUUCCGCUGAGGAAGAGGAAGGCGACGAUGAAGAUGAUGACUCUGAUGACAACAUCGAGGUCUAA